AUGGCCUUCAAUGACCUCCUGAAGCAGGUGGGAGGUUUUGGUCGCUUCCAGCAGAUCCAGGUCACUCUGGCAAUCAUCCCGUUUUUCCUGAUACUUGUGCACCAUACUCUGCAGAAUUUCACUGCUGCCAUCCCCACCCACCACUGCCGCCCUCCUGCUAACACCAACCUCAGCAAGGAAGGGGGUCUGGAGGCCUGGCUGCCCCGGGACGAGCAGGGGCAGCCUGAGUCCUGCCUCCGCUUCACCUCCCCACAGUGGGGACCACCCUCUGCCAACGGCACGGAAGUCAACAUCACAAGGUCCACAGAGCCCUGCACCAAUGGCUGGAUCUAUGACAACAGCACCUUCCCUUCCACCAUCGUGACUGAGUGGGAUCUGGUGUGUACACACAAGACCUUGCUCCAGCUGAGUCAGUCCAUAUACAUGGCAGGGUUGCUGACCGGAAGCUUGUUUUUUGGGAUCUUGUCAGACAGGCUGGGCCGCCGGAAGCUGCUGAUCUGGGUCUACCUGCAGUUAGCGGUAUCAGGUUCCUGUGCUGCCUUCGCACCCAACUUCCCAGCCUACUGUACUUGCCGCUUCCUCUCGGCCAUGGCUAUGAAUUGCAUCAGCUGCAACUCCUUGACACUGAGCCUGGAGUGGCUGCCCAUCGAUGUCCGGCCAGUCUUUGGCUUCCUAUUGGGAUUUGUUCCCAUAAUGGGCCAGUACCUCCUGGCUGGUAUAGCUUAUGCCAUACCACAGUGGCGCCUCCUACAGCUGAUGGUCUCUCUGCCCUUCUUUGUCUUCUUCAUCUACUCCAGGUUCUUCAUUGAGUCUGCUCUCUGGUACUUCUGCUCUGGGAAACAGGACCUCGCCCUGAAGGCCCUGCGGAGAGUGGCCCAGAUCAACGGGAAGCAGGAAGAGGGAGCCAAGCUGAAUAUCGAAGUGCUCCAGGCCAACAUACAUAAGGAAGUGACCAUGAACCAAGCCCAGACCUCACUGCUGCAGCUACUGCACUGCCCUGCCAUUCGCCGCCUCUCUCUCUGCCUCUUUCCAUUGUGCUUUACAAACUUCUUCAGCUUUUAUGGCAUGAUCAUGAGCCUGCAAACUUUGGGGAUAGAUAUUUACCUGAGCCAGAUGCUCUUCGCAACUGUGGACCUGCCACUGUAUUUCCUGUGCUUGCUCUCCAUCAAAUCACUGGGCCGCAGGCUUACCCAAAUGGGCUCAAUGCUCUUGUCAGGAAUCUGCAUUCUGGUCUAUGCAAUGGUACCCCUUGAGCAGUUACUCCUCCAUACCACAAUGGCUGUGUUAGGAAAAGGCUGCAUCUCUGCCUCCCUCCAUUGCAUCAUUAUUUAUGUAGGGGAGCUAUACCCCACCAUAAUCCGGCAGAGAGGUCUGAACAUGAUGAUAUUCUUGGGGAACAUAGGCAGCUGUCUGAGUCCACUAGCGGCCAUGACAGCCAAGCUCCACCCCUCCCUUCCUCUCCUUAUCUAUGGUGCUAUGCCUGUGGCUGUCAGCACCAUCCCUGUCCUUCUGCCAGAGACCGAGGGCCAGCCACUACCCAACACACUUCAGGACCUGGAAAACAGGUAA